UGUUGUAUCGAUCGGUGGAAAAGAGGGGAUGAACGAAGCCUCGGUGAACUCCUGGCGAUCAGACGCAUCCCGGUACUCGAGAAGAGAUGGUCUGCGUGAAGUCGCUGCAACUCGAUCUCAAUCGGGUUCUCUUGUUGGCAGUCGGACUGUGGCCAUAUAAGCAAUCCAAAUUCACUCGAGCGCAAGUGAUUUUGUUCUACGGCAUCUUAGUGACCUGUAUUAUAUUUCAGUUUACAACGUUCGUGACUACGGAAUGUAAUUCGCAGUUCGUCAUCGAGGUUCUCUCCGCAGUAUUCUUUUUCAUUACUCUCAUGAUCAAGUACAACACAUUCAGCUUUAACAUGGACACCGUGAAGUAUCUACUGGAGGAUCUCCAGCAUAUCUAUUGCGAGCUGAGGGACAAUGACGAAGUCGCGAUUUUAAGAAAAUAUGGAACUAAGGCAAGACGUUAUACCUACGUGCUUAUGCUACUUUCUAUAUGCGGAGUUUCACCCAUUGUGCUUCUCCCAUUUUGGCCGAUAUUUCUCGGUAGGACCGUGUUGCCUAUGAACGAAUCUCGAUCGCAUGUCUCGCUGCAGAUCACUACGGAGUACUUCGUCAGUCAAGAAAAGUACUUCUACUUGAUUCUACUGCAUAUAAACAUAGCAUUUUGUAUAGGCUUACUGGCGUUACUGGCGACAGGAACGAUGACCAUUACGUAUUGGCAAUAUGCUUGCGGGAUGUUUCAAGUCGCCUGUUACCGUGUGGAGCAGAUCAUAAAGGACAAAACUUUAAAAAUAAGCAAUAUAAGUAAGGAUGUACAGGCAAACUUGAUGUACGGAAGGAUUAUUUGCGCCAUAGAUAUGCAUCGCAAAGCUUUGACGUUUGUAAAGCAUUUCUUAUCUAAAAUCGAGAUUUUCUACUUCUUUCUUAUGUCCAGCACAGUGAUAACCUUAAGCCUCAAUCUUUAUCGAGUUUUCGACGAAUUAACAUCCGGGAUGAAUAUUGAAAAAUUAAUAACGUCUACUAUGUUUUUAACUGUUGCCUAUAUAUUGAUGUUUUUAGCCAACUAUACCGCGCAACAAGUUAAGGACCACAACGAUUUCUUGUUUGUUACUGUGUACAACGUUCAAUGGUAUACAGCUCCCUUAUACGUACAGAGAACAAUAUUAUUUUUGCUCCAAAAAGGCACUAAAACUUUCAACAUGAAUAUUGUUGGGCUGCUUAUGGGAUCUCUGGAGAACUUCGCCAUGAUGGCGAGUACAUCGAUAUCUUACUUCACAGUUAUUUAUUCCAUGAGACAAUAAAGUACAAAUCUAUAAAUUGAUGCUGUAAAACGUGUAUAAUAAUAUUACUGCAAUAUAUAUUAAAGAUUCGAAGUGAUAAAACACUUCGAUUUAGUUAGUCCAUGAUUAAAUGAGAUCCAACAAUAAUAAUCGAGAUUUCAUCAACCCCCAAAGAUUUAUCACUUCUAUAUUUCUCCUAAUAUUACAUGAAUUGAACAUUACGAAAUAGCACUAUCCUUAAA